CUUAUAAGUUUAUAUUAUUCAUUGCACAGCAAAAUUAAUGCUUGUUCUUUUUAGUUCAGAUAAUCAUUAAGUAAUAACUAUGAUAACUUAUAAAGUUUUAAUAACAUUAACUGCAUUUAUAAUUAUAAGUUAUGGUUGUCCUCCAAGUAAAGAAGAAGAGUGCUGUGCUGAAUUAAAUAGUGUUGAUUUUUCGGAUAGUAAUGGAUUUUUGAACCUGUGUAUUAUAAGGUCAUUUGACUUUGAAUCUGACGUUUUAAGCUAUCUGAAAGAAAAAGUUCCUGGAGAUAAUGAUCUAAGUGAAUAUAUAAAAGAAUUCGUAAAAGAACACUUUGAUAUAAAAUCUUUUCAUGGUCUAAUGAAACCAAAAGAAUUUUGUCAAUAUCGUCGGAAUGAAGAGCUUCUAUAUAAAUGGAAAGCUAUUUUACCAGUCUUUAUGUAUCACGACAUUAAAGGGAAAAUAAACUAUUUCAGUAAGAAUACAAAUUAGAUUAUUAUAAUAAAUUAUUAGUUAUGAACAAUAUUAUGAAUUGAUGAAAUAUAAGGGGGCGGGGUUGUGAUAAAUUUUGUUUUCAAAUAAUGUGUUAUAUUAUUGGAUAAAUGCACUAAUGAUGUGAAUGAGGAGUGAAAGGAAAGAAAAACUGUACAGUGUACAGUAAGAAAAGUAUAAUUCAUGAAAU